UCGGUCAAUGGUCAGUAGUACUCGGAAAGUCGAAACACUGUCUGCCUGUGUUCAUCCAUCCAAACUCUCAGUCAGUCACGGGUCAUAAAUAUUGACGGUUGACCAAUGUCCAAAUAAAUGUUAAUGGACGACUUACACGAACAAUUUCCUUUCGAGGUCGACGUGAAUAGAUUUCUGCGGAUCAUCAGCCCGCCGUAACGCCAAACACCGUACUCGAGUUACCGUUUUACCUUACUUCCCGAUCUCACGAAGUAUCCCACCUGUCCUUUGCAAGGCCCGUCUGUACCUGCCACGUACCGAUCUGAAAUGAGUUCGCUCGAGAGCAGCUCCGCUGCGUCCGGGACGCCGUCUACGAUUUCGUUGGAUUCGCUUCCCAUCGAGGUAUUCUUAAUGAUUUGUGAACGCAUUGAUGCUGACACACUAGUUAGGUCAUUGAUGUACGUCAAUAAACAAUUCUAUAACAUAAUCAGUGACAAUUACUUGUGGAAGAAAAGAGCCAUGCAUAAAUUUAAUGAUUGCAAUGUGGCAUUCAUGUUGACAAGCGCUUACAACGAAAACACAUUUAAUUGGAAGCAAUUUGCUUGGCACACAGAAUUGGAAGAAAGUUGUUGGAGCGAAUAUGAGACAAAAACUACAACCACUGUUUUUAGUGGAGCUCAUUUUUCCGAAGUGGAUGCUGUUAUAAUGGCCAAAGACGGUAAUCAUUGUAUUUCUGCAUCGAGAGAUCGUUCUAUAUGCUUAUGGAACACCACAAUAGGUACAAUCAACAACCCUGUGGUGCACAAAAUAGAUAGUCAUUUAGGGUGGGUAUGGGAUUUAGGAAUUUAUGAUGAUCAUCAUUUUUUAUCAUGUUCUUGGGAUUCAAAAGUCAAACUAUGGAAUACCGACAACUUCACACAAAUUUCACAACCAAUACAAACAUUCAGUACUGAUGCAGCUGUGUUGUCAAUAACGAGCAAAGAAAAUUUUGUUGCUGCUGGACUUUAUAGUCCUAAAAUUAUUGCAUUUGAUCCUCGUGAACCUGAAAAACGACUAUUUGAACUACUAAAUUCUCAUACACGUAGUAUUAUUGACUUAUGCUUAAUAGAAGAUUAUUAUUUAAUAUCGUUGAGUGAAGACAAAACCGUAUCUGUUUGGGAUUUGCGUACAAAUAAUGCUGUCAAAUCUAUGUGCCUCUCUAAAGGCAGUAGAUUUCCAAUGUGUGCUUCCUACUAUGACAAUACACUAUUUAUUGGCGAUAAUCGAGAUUGUAUGUACUGGUUGGAUUGUUCAAAUGGGUUGUUUAAUGUACUUGAGACUGUAAAACUUGUAAAGCCCAUAAAUGACUCUCGAAAUUACAAGCUCAAUUGUAUUAAAUGUACUAAUUAUGGCAGUAUUAUAACUGGUGGUAAUGAAGGAAUUGUUUACAUUUUAACUCCGACAAACCCACCAAAAGUUAUAGCUAAAAUUGUUGAUUCUGGUUCAGAAAUAACUUCAAUUGAUUAUCAAAAUGAUACUUUAGUUGCUGGAUAUGUCAGUAGUGAUGUUCAAGUAUGGAAAAAAAAAUAGUUAUGUCUGUGAUAUUCAAAUAAAAUUCACUGCCCUAAAUUCUCAAUUGUAAUACAUAUUUGUUAAUAAUAAUGUUUUUAUAUAAAUAAUUUGAUGAUACAGAGCAAUGUUUAAAAUACUAUAUUUUACAAAUAUGUCUUUUACAUAAUCUACUUGAACACUCAAUCUGUCUUCAUUUCUUAAAUACCAGUUAAAAGACAGUUCUUUUUUAUCUUAUUUUUUUUUUUAACCAUUUUUAUAUUAUAUGUUUAACUUAAUAACUUAUAAGUAAAAUGUUUUAACUUAUAAUCGACUAUUAAUAAAAAUCUACCUGACCUUCUAUUAUUUUAACUAG